AAUGACGUGAUACGCAUUUUACGUAGCAUGGGACGUUAUUGUUCAGCGUGAGCGUAUUCUGCUAAAGUGUUAGCAAGGUGCUUGCUAAUAGUCCUAACAAUUGAAAUAAAUAUUCAGUUUAGUCGUAUAAUAGAGCCGAUUGGCUUUCAGGUGCACCUUGUUUUUUCCUGUAGUCUGCUAUGAGCAAGAGGAAAGCACCACAGGAGUCCCUAAAUGAGGGAAUAACAGACUUUCUUGUUGAGCUGGCCAACUACGAGAAAAAUGUCAACAGAGCAAUACACAAGUACAAUGCAUACAGGAAAGCAGCAUCCACCAUUGCAAAGUAUCCUAACAAGAUUAAAAGUGGAGAAGAAGCCAAGAAACUGGAUGGAGUUGGUGCUAAAAUAGCUGAAAAGAUUGAUGAGUUCUUGCAGACUGGCAAACUACGAAAACUGGAAAAGAUCCGAAAUGAUGACACCAGCUCCUCCAUAAAUUUCCUCACUAGAGUCACUGGAAUUGGGCCUGCUGCUGCCAGAAAGUUUUUUGAAGAAGGGGUCAAGACAUUGGAUGAUUUGAAGAAGGUAGAGCACAAAUUAAAUCAUCACCAAAAGAUUGGACUCAAGUACUUUGAAGAAUUUGAGAAAAGGAUCCCAAGAGCUGAAAUGGAAAAGAUGGAGACUCUUAUUCUGAAGGAAUUGAAGAAAAUUGAUCCAGAAUAUAUCGGAACAAUUUGUGGAAGUUAUAGAAGAGGUGCUGCAUCGAGUGGUGAUAUUGAUAUUUUGCUGACUCAUCCGAAUUACACUUCUCAAACAGAGAAGCAGCCUAAGCUUCUUCAUGCUGUGGUCGAUCAUUUGGAGUCCAUUGGGUUUGUGACCGACACUCUGUCCAAAGGAGACACCAAGUUCAUGGGAGUCUGCCAGCUGCAGGAAAAUGAAGAUGAGGAUGAGGAAGAGGAAGAACAUCUUCACAGGCGCAUUGAUAUUAGGUUAAUUCCUAAGGAUCAGUACUACUGUGGAGUUCUGUAUUUCACUGGAAGUGACAUCUUUAAUAAGAACAUGAGGACUCAUGCGCUGGAGAAGGGCUUCACUCUGAAUGAGUAUACCAUCAGACCACUUGGUGUCACUGGUAUUGCAGGAGAGCCUUUGUUGGUGGAUAGUGAGAGAGACAUCUUUGAUUACAUCCAGUACAGAUACAGGGAACCUAAGGAUCGCAGCGAGUGAAGAAAAUCUAAAGUGGUUCUGCAAACAUGAAUUACAAAAAAAGGAUCUUGUUUGUUUUUUUUUUUUACUCUUUUACCACUUUUACUAUUCACUCAUUACGCUGAAAAAGAGCAAUAAUGGAAAGAUUUAUUUCUUAGAGUUGGAUCUUUUUCUUAACUUAAAUUGAAGUGAUCUUCACAUCCUGGUCUUGGUAUUUAUUUAUGCUUCACCGUCCUGUCCUAUGGAAGUACUUCUGCUGUAUUUUGGGGCUUUACUUCAUAUCAGCUAUAGUUUUAUGUCCCUCAUUUUCAGACUGUUUAUUGUAAACCUAAAAGGGGAGUUACAUUUUUAUAUAUA